UUGGAGACUUCCCUUUGUUCAAAUCGGUGUGAGUUUAGUCAAGCAAGUGAAUAGAACAAAAUAUUCUGUGAAAAUAAUUAUUUGUGAAGAAAAAUAAUGUUUUUUAGUAUAUUUCAGGCCAUCUUACUGGCUAUCAUUGUGAUGCUCUUCUUGUCAGUCGUUAUCCACAGGUCUAAAUAUAUGGCUGAUUAUAUAGUUCACCUGAUACGUUUCGAACAUUUCGUUCAUUAUCGUGAAGGCACUCUGUCACCAGUUAGCGAAGCCCGUCUCCGGAUAGUCAAACGUAAGAUUUUGGUUUUGGAUAUGGAUGAGACGCUGAUCUAUGCGAAACGAUAUCGGCCCUCGAGAUGUGGUGAUAUGUCGGGAUUUCCAUAUGUCCCAUGGGAUUUUAGCUUUACCAUCGAAAGUCAUACUGGAACUUUUUACGUUUACAAGCGUCCGCACUUAGAUUAUUUUCUUCAAAAGGUUUCCGAGUGGUUUUAUAUAUGCGUAUAUACAGCUUCGACGGAAAUUUAUGCCAACGCUAUAUUAGACUACUUGGAAAGCGAACAGAGAUAUUUUUGUACACGUCUCUAUCGUGGUAAUUGCAUUGAUGUCUUGGGAGUUAGAGGAAAGUUCGUUGGUGUUGUAAGUAUGGAUCUACAAAAUGUUAUUCUAGUCGAUAAUUCCGCAAUGGAAUGCGGUCUCAAUCCAAACAACUCGAUUCGAAUCAAAGAUUUUGUUGGUGAUCCCUAUGAUUUUGAAUUGCAAAAUUUACUGCCAUUUCUUGACUGUCUGCGUUUCACUCAUGACGUUCGUACCAUAUUGAAAAUGAAUACCAAUUUUCCGAAUGUGUUGAAUGUCCUUCUUCAACUAUCAAACCCAUUCCGUAAUGUUCAACGAAAUUGAGAGCUGUUUUAAGUGAUGUUAAAUGAAUUUUUUAUUGUU